CAGUAGAUUUUUUCCUUCCUUCAGUGGGUCCCAAAAGCCAAUUGGAAUCACCUCUCCAGCCUGCUCAUCUGCCAUGGAGCUGUACAUGACAGAAGCAAGAAAGCUGGAUAAGUUCAUCUCUGAAAACCUCCAGCCCAACGAGGACUUCCUGGGUCGAGUGCGCAGGGCCAUUGGCAUCAUCUGCGAGUUCUUGCGAAAGAAUUGCUUCAAAGAUGCAGCCCCACCACAGCCCCGGGUGCUGAAGGUGAUUAAGGGUGGCUCAUUAGGGAAAGGCACGGCUCUAAAAGAGGGCUCAGACACCAACCUUGUGGUGUUUCUCAGUGUCUUCAAGGAUUACACAGAUCAGGACAAAAAGCAUACAGAGAUCGUCCAGGAGAUUGGGAAGAGGCUUGAAGAAUUCCAGGAAAAUAAUGGGGAACGUUUAGAUGUAACUCUUGAGGCAUCCAUCCAGCCAAACCUACAUGUGCUCAGCUUCAAGCUCCACUCUAACGAUCUCAGGGAUUCGAUUGAGUUUGAUGUGUUGCCAGCCUUUAAUGCUCUCGGGCAGUACAAAAAAGGCUCCAAGCCUGAUCCUCAGGUGUACAUUGACUUGAUCAACAGCUGCAACAGCAGCCACCAAGGUGGUGAGUUUUCCACUUGCUUUGCAGAGCUUCAGAAGGAAUUCAUCAUUGCCCGUCCCUCCAAACUGAAGAGCCUCAUCCGCCUGCUGAAGCACUGGUACAAAGAGUACAUCUUUCCAUACAAAGAGCAGCUCCAGAAGGGGGAGUCGCUGCCCCCAAAGUAUGCGCUGGAGCUACUGGCUGUCUAUGCCUGGGAGCAAGGAAGCAGGGAACCAGAUUUCGACAUGGCAGAAGGAUUUCGGACAGUGUUGCUCCUCCUCCAGCAAUACAAGCAGCUCUGUGUAUUCUGGACCACGUUCUACGACUUUGAGAAUGAGACUCUGAAAUUGUACUUGCUUCGCCAGCUCCAGAAGCCCAGACCGAUCAUCCUGGACCCAGCUGAUCCAACUGGGAUCGUGGGUGAGGGGAGCCGCUGGGAUCUGCUUGCACAAGAAGCUGAACAUUGCUCUCGUCAGAAAUGUUGUCUUCCUCAUUGGGACAUUUCGGUGAGGUCACAGUGCACUAAAAUACCUCUUUUGCAACACUCGGAAUCUAACGACGCCCUUUUACAGGGAAGUCGGCCAAUCGAGUGUCAACCAGAAAGCGAAACUCCUCUGCAGUCAGGGAAACGAAAGUCAGGCGCAGCUCCGAGUCAGCGACACUCUGUCCUCGUUCCGGAGUCGGAGUCUGCGACGUUCUCGGCAAUGGAUCUCUACGACACGAACGCCGGGCGGCUGGAUAAGUUCAUCUUCGACCACCUCCAGCCCGACCAGGAGUUCUUGGACGACGUGCGCUGGGCCAUCAACUUCAUCUGCACGUUCCUGCGGGAGAAUUGCUUCAAAGAUUCCCCCGCACCCCGGCCCCGGGUGUUGAAGGUGGUCAAGGGAGGCUCAUCGGGGAAAGGCACGGCUCUGAAAGGGGGCUCGGAUGCUGAUCUUGUGGUGUUUCUCAGCAUCUUCAAGCGAUACAAGGACCAGGAACUAAAUCGGAAGGGGAUCAUCCUGGAGAUUCAGAAGAGGCUUGAAGAAUUCAAGAACAAACAACAAAAGAAUAUAAAUGUGAUUUUUGAGCCAACCAAGUGGUUAAACCCACGUGUGCUCAGCUUCAGACUCUGCUCUUAUGAUCGUGAAGAUUUCAUUGAGUUUGAUGUGCUGCCAGCCUUUGAUGCUCUUGGUCAGAGAAAAGGCAUCAAGCCUUCCCCAGAAGUAUACAUUGACCUGAUUGACAGCAGUAACCAAAGUGGUGAGUUCUCCACCUGCUUCACUGAGUUGCAGAAGGACUUCAUCAUUGAUCGGCCAACUAAACUGAAGAGCCUCAUCCGCCUGCUGAAGCACUGGUACAAAGAGGUAUGGCAGCUUGACAAGAUUCCAUGGACUUUGAUGCAUAGCAUAGGUUCCUGUUUUGAAGUGGCAUGUAAGGCAGAAAUGUUCUGCCAGGCCCAUUUGUUUGAGGCAGCAAUGUACGUGAAUAAUCAGUACAGGCAGCUGCCCCCAAAAUAUGUACUGGAGCUACUGGCUGUCUAUGCCUGGGAGAAAGGAAGUGGGAAGACAGAUUUUAACAUGGCAGAAGGAUUUCGGACAGUGCUUUGGCUCCUCCAGCAAUAUGAGCACCUCUGCAUAUUUUGGACCAAGUACUAUGACUUUCGGAAUGAGACUCUCAAACAAUACCUGAUAGGCCAGCUCAGGAAGCCCAGACCUGUCAUCCUGGAUCCAGCUGACCCAACUGGACUCCUGGGGCAGGGGAGUCGCUGGGAUCUACUUGCACAAGAAGCUGAAUAUUGUUUGAGUCAGAAAUGCUGCACAAACGACUAUGUGCCCUCAGUCCUCCAUUGGGAUGUGCCGGUGAGACAGAAAUGAAUGGAAUGCUCCCUUUGAUGUCCAUGUGGGUUA